GCCUCGCUAACGUCUUCUUCUGCACCAUUCAUCGCGCGCGCUUCUCCAGUUCAACACCGAAGAAGAAGUCGUCGCCUCGCAAGUGCAAUAGUGUGCCAAAAUGGGAGUUUUUAACCUCAUCGUCGGCGUUUUACUAAUGAUGCAGAGUUCCUGCUCGGGCCACGUCCUCGGCGACGAAUGCAACAGCGAUUGGGAGUGCAAAGAGAGCAUUUCCGGAUCGAUAUGUCACAGAGGGAGAUGUCUUUGCCAACCCUUCUUCGCCAGAGUCAAUCAAACGGCUUGUGUGCAAUCGACUUUGCUGGGGUACGACUGUGUGGUACCCGAACAGUGCUCGCUCAAGGUCGCCAAUAGCAGCUGUUUGGACGGGACGUGCCGCUGCGUCGACGGAUUCCUCCAGUUCCGGAAGCACACUUGUCUAGGACCGGCCCGGCCCGGCAACGUGUGCUACAGCAACGCCCAUUGCCGUCUCUGGACCGCCGACAGCCAUUGCGACUUCCUCAUCCCCAACUUAUUCGGCCGCUGCCAAUGCAACACUCCAUUCCGUCAAGUCGGCGACUCUUGCGUCCGCUCCGCAUUCCAAACCAAACCUCCAACCACAACCACCACAACCGAAUCCAUCGAUUUCAACCUAAUCGCCAAUAAUGAACCAUCAACGACCGCCAAAACCACCACGACCACCAAACCAACAACGAGUAAAACCACCAGGAGACGCCGCACAGUGGUCGAAACUGGCAUGAAAACGGGCACCUGCAUCUCCUGGUUCUUCGUCUGCGACGGGCGCAAAGACUGCCCCGACGGCUCCGAUGAGGCCUGUCGCGGGCCCCAGUGCCCCCCCGAAGCCUUCAAGUGCAAAACCAAGUGUAUUUCGCGGGCCGGCCGCUGCGACGGAGUCAAGGAUUGUGUGGAGGGCGAAGACGAGGAGGAUUGCCAAGCCACCAGGAAGCGGCGGUGUCCUCCGAACACGUUUCAGUGUGGGGACGGGAAGUGUCUCCCCGAGUACGAGUUUUGCAACGCUAUUAUUGGGUGUAGUGAUGGGAGCGACGAACCGGCGCAUAUCUGCAGAGGACGCGCCAGGAGAAGACUCUCGGAGUAUUGUCCUCUGCGAUGCGGAAACGGAAGAUGCAGGUCGAGUGCCAUCGCGUGCUCCGGGAGAGAUGGCUGUGGUGAUGGCACGGAUGAGAGGAAUUGUGCGGUUUGUAGGUGUCCCAUCGUGCAGGGAAGAAACUUAUAGUUACUACACGCCCAACUGCACUCCCUGUAAAAUGCCAAAAACAUUGUAUAUUAUCUCAACCAAGCGACUUGUAGUGUAGAUUAGUGGUAGAAACCUUUAUCAAUCAUAACAAAAGUAUUAUUUAUGUAAUUUAAGUUAACGCUCAAAAUAUAUCUGUUAGAAAUAAAUAUUUAUUUACUUGUAACAGUUAAGUAAUAAAAUUUUGACAAU